AUGGCCGUGUGGAAGUGUCAUGUGGCUGAAAAGAUGGGUCCAAUUACGUCUUCAAGUUGCGGCAACUUCCUCUUCGCCGGUGCUGAUUCAGGCGCAUUUUACGUCUGGGACGUCAAGCCUGGCGAGCUGGUGGCGGUAUUCGACGCGCACUACAAGCGCGUGUCGGCUUUGGAGCUUACGUCGGAUGAUUCGCACUUAGUCACGGCAGGUGAAGACGCGUUGGUGCAUGUAUGGAGACACGUGGACUUGCUAGACGAACCAGACGCGGCUUCGAGCUUCCAACAAGGUUUCGCACCCGUGGUAAGCUUCACAGACCACGUGCGACCCGUCACGUCGCUGCAUGUGGGUCUAGGCGGUGUGAAGGCCCGCAUCUACACCUCCUCUCUGGAUCGUACGUGCAAGAUCUGGUCGCUCAAUUAUCCUUUGUGCCUGUACAGCGUCUCCUGUCCGUCGUACGUCAACCAGCGACGGCAUGUGUGGCUAAUGCUUCGACUGUCAAAGUUGAUCCUUGGGGUCCCGAGGCGACGCUGCCGGAUUCGUUCGAAGGUCAUGAAAGCAGUGUCACUACACGGGGUUGGCGGUGGCGCUCAGUAA